GGGAGGGUUUGGAGACAGAGCUCUGAAGGGUGUGUUUUAUGUACCACUGCAGAUCCAAGGCAAUAAAACACUUGAGAAAGGGAAGGAGCCAGAGGACAGAGCCGAAAAACAUGCAGAGGUUAAGAGAAGCAGAGAUGGAGACGGGGAUUUAGACGAGGAAAAAAAAACAAAAGGGAUAAAACAACUGCAUACGAGACGGGAGGAGGUAGAGGAAGAGGAGGAACACCUGCAGAGUCGGCUGCAGAAGGAGGGAUUGUGGAAGCGAGCAGCUUCAGGAUCCUCAGUCCGGGACUCGCCUCACACCAAAGAGGCGAACGCUGCGCAGACCAAAUUAAGGCGCGCUGCUGUUGACCCACCGCCGCCCUCCAGCGGGUCUCCCUGGAGAGUGUGUCUGGCCCGGUGCAUAAACUGGGAGGGUCUGUGUUGUCCCAUGUUGAUGAGUGUGUGGGUGUUUUCUGUCACUUUUGAUGGGACAUUAAGAGAUGUGCGUGUCACCGCGUCCGUGGAUGGGCUGUAGGGGGCCAUACUCCCCUCUUCUCCCCCUGAUCCUCCUCCCUUUGUCCUUCCUGCUUGCCCAGGGAGCUAUCAGCAUCCCGGAACACUAUAGCAUACCCACCUUGAAAACGCCUCCCAGGCUGACGGUGGUGCCCCAACCGAUGACGGCCUUUUCUCUGGAGGACAUCAAUUUGGUCUGUGAGGCCACCGGCAACCCGACACCCCAGAUCCGCUGGGUGAAGGACGGGGCCCAGUUCGGCACGGAACGGAAAGGGAUCGGAAAAGUGAACCCCUCGGAGUACGGAGAAACGGUGACCCUGGAAUCCUUUGCUGGCAUCUACCAAUGCUUCGCCUCCAAUGACCUGGGGACCGCCAUGACAUCGGCUGUAAAAGUUAUAGUUGAGCCCUAUCCGAUUGUAGGAAAAGAAAUUGAAAAACUAGAAAAGACAGCGUUUGUAGGAGAGAGCUUCAUCCUGCCCUGCAACCAUCCAAACAGGUCCACUUCUCCUCGGUUCUACUGGCUGGGCACCGGGAUUAUUCACAUUCCGCAAAAUGAGAGAGUGAUGAUGGGCCAGAAUGGAAAAUUGUACUUCGCAAAUCUUGUGGAUUCCGACACCAGAAAUGACUACAACUGCUAUAUUCAGUACGAACAAGCCAGGACUAUUAUCCAUCGGGCUACUGCAAAACUCACCGUCCUGCCGAGUAAUGAUGUCGUUCGUGGAAGAAGACCACAUAUCCUCUACCCUGAAGGCCCCCACACCACAAUGCUGGCCUUCAGGGGCAAAGAGCUCAUCCUCGAAUGUAUCCCCAAAGGCCUACCCACUCCCAGAGUAGAGUGGAAGAAGAUGGAUGGUGAUCUGAAGACCACUAGUGCCAAGCUAAAAGACACUGACCGCCGACUUCACUUCACAAGCAUCACAGAGGAUGAUGAUGGGAUGUACAAAUGUAGAGCGCACAACAUUCAUGGGAAUGCCACACAUUUCUUCAAUGUUACUGUGAAAGCGGCUCCCUACUGGACGAAAGAAGCCCCAGACUUGAAGUAUGCACCAGGGGAGACUGUAAGACUGGACUGUCUGGCCAAGGGGGAUCCCGAGCCCACCAUCACCUGGAGGAUCAACGGCGAACCUCUCACAGCGGUGGAUAAGGAUUCUCGCCGCACCGUAACGAGCAGUGCUCUGAUCCUGAGGGAUGUGACACGUUCGGACACGGCCGUCUAUCAGUGCGAAGCCACAAACACAUAUGGCUCCAUCCUCCAGAACAUCAACCUGUUUGUUGUCGAGCUUCCUCCUCAGAUCCUGUCUUCUGAUGGGAUGGUGUACAAGGUCUUUGAAGGUGAAGACAUCAGCAUGGACUGUGAAUUCUUUGGUGUUCCCCGACCACAUAUCUCAUGGCUGCGUGAGGACGCGCUUCCCCUGCUGUCAGAUGAACGGGUUUCCCUCUUCACCAACGGAACCAUCGGUCUGAUCAACGUCACCCAUGAAGACCAGGGCGUGUACACCUGCUCCGUUGACAACACCAACGUCUCCAUCGCCGCUAACCUGGAGGUCUUCAACCGAACCGUGAUACUGAAAGGUCCCGGGGACGUCCGCGUCCUCAGGGGGGAAACAGCUUUCCUGGACUGCCAGUUCUACAGAGAUCCCCGGCUGCACAGCUUCAAGGUCCACUGGAGGAAAGACGGACACAACCUAAACCUGUUGAUGAAUGACAAGUACACUGUUUUCAAGAAUAACACAUUAAAAGUGAAGAAAGUCCAAAUAAACGACACAGCUACUUACUCUUGCGUGGUCCAGACUGAGCCGCUGAGCCAUGCGAAAGCCACCGGCUCCAUCACUGUAGCAGCUCCACCAGAACCUCCCAGUUCUCUGUCGGUGUCCGUCCUUGAGGACCACAGCGUCACCCUCAGCUGGAUCCCAGGAUCCGCACACAACAGCCCCAUAACAGAGUUCAUCGUGGAAGCCCUGGAGCAUCCCAAGGCAGACAGCAGGAGCCGGGGAUGGCAAAGGUUUGGGGUGAGACCCGGGGACUUCAGUCAUGCCCAGCUCAACCUGCAGCCCUUCUGCACCUACCGCUUCAGAGUUACUGCUAUUAACGAGAUUGGCAAGAGCUCCCCCAGCGAACCCACCCAGGAGCACAUCACACCACCGGCAGUUCCGGAUUUGAACCCCACUAAUGUGCGCACUAAUUCAACAGACCCGGGGAUUCUGGUCAUCACAUGGGACGAGAUAGAGAAGCGCUUCCAUAACGGCCAGGACUUCAAGUACGAGGUGUACUGGCGGGAGGCUGACAAGGAAAACACAGACUGGAAUAGAGCCCAUGUGAAGUCUCCGCCGUUUAUAGUAAAUAACACAGGAACCUUCACACCAUUUGAGAUCAAGGUCCAGGCUGUCAAUGCUCUCGGAUCAGGACCAGCACCGCAGCCGAAGAUUGGACAUUCCGGGGAGGACAUGCCAGAGGAGGCUCCCACCGGAGUUUCCUCCACGGUGACGAACAACACGGUCAGAGUGACGUGGAACGAAGCGAAGAACGUCCGUGGCCACCUGCUGGGGUACAAGAUAUACGUCAAGCAUUUGGGUCCCUACAGCGGACGAGACAGGAGGUCUCUUGGCAAACGUCACCACGCGGAGGGAAGGGACACGCUUGAGCAACACAAGCUGAGAAACGGGGACUUGUUGGUGGUGGACGUCCACGGUCCGAAGACUUCGGCCGAGGUCACCGGUCUGCGUCUGUUCUCCCAGUAUGAGCUGAGGCUCACAGCCGUCAACAGCAAGGGGGAGAGCCCCAAGUCCCCUCCGGCACAUUUCCACACCCCUGAGGGAGCUCCUGGUCCUCCUGCAUCUUUGAGGUUUGAAAGCCCCACAAAGACCUCCUUGAUUCUUCACUGGGAUCCUCCACAUGAAAUCAAUGGCAAGCUCCAGGGAUAUGUGGUGCAGUACCAGCAAGAGGGAGUGAGUCAUGGCAGCCUGGUGAAGUUGGAGAUAAUACGCGAUCCCAAAGUCAACCACGUCGAACUGAAUGACCUGGACCCCAGCAGCUAUUACACCUUCGAGGUUAUAGCCCGGACGGCUGCAGGAAUGGGUCCUCCCAAGAUACUGAGGGCCGCCACCCUGCUGGAAGGAGUUCCUCCAUCAAACAUCACCGUGGUUUCCAGUAACACCUCGUUCAACCUGAGCUGGGUGCCCGAAGUCCGCCGCAGGAACCACGGCUUCCACAUCCACUACCUCAGGAAAAGCGGCAGCGCCGGCGGUCAGUGGGAGGAGUCGGAGCUGAUCGACUCCACGCAGGGUUUCUAUUCGCUGACGGGUCUCCAACCAGGAACAGAGUACCACCUAAGGAUCCUGCAUGAUAACAGCACUCACUGGCAGGAGGCGUUCCGGACCGUCGGACCAGUGCCGUCAGAGAUGCCGGGCAGGUUCGCCACCCAGGGCUGGUUGAUAGGCCUCCUCAGCGCCAUCUUGCUCCUGAUCUUGAUCCUCCUCAUCCUCUGCCUAAUUAAACGCAGAAGGGGUGGGAAAUACGCAGUGAAGGACAAAGAAAAGAAAGAGAUUGACUUUGACCUUCAGAACAAAGAUGAGACCUUCGGAGAGUACAGAUCCCUGGAGAGCGACGGAGACGAGAAGCGCUCCGACAGCCAGCGGUCUCUGUGCGACGACAGCAAGCUGGGGAGCGAGGACUCCCUGGCCGAAUACGGAGACAGCGUGGACAUCCAGUUCAACGAGGACGGCUCCUUCAUCGGCCAGUACAGCGGCCGCGCCGCCGUUCCCCACGGCAAUGAGAGCUCGGGGCCGGCCUCCCCGGUCAACCCGGUGCCCCCGCCUCCCUUGGCUCCGUCCAUGUCGAGCGUCCUCCGCCGGCCGAGCUAG